CAAACAUAUUUCAAUACAAAACAAAACCAAACUUAUUUCAUGGCGACCGUGACAUGAGUCCUGGAGGACUUAGGAAGAUAUUCGGAACCAAGGCUAAAAGGAAUCAAAGGAUUGAAAAUGCAAAAGGAAAAAUACAUCAUACGAGAAAAACGUCUGACCUCUGCCAAAACGACCACAGGUCUGCCCGACCGACUGCCCCGGACCUCUCAACUCUGCAGCAUGCAAUUGCACAUGCGUGAAGCCGAAGAAUAAAGCGAAGACCAACCCAAAACAAUAGCAAGCAUGGGAGGCACGACCGCCACCUGCGCCCUCGAGGGAGCGUCAGCGCAGCCAAACCGGCGACGACCAGCUGACGUGGAAGGAAGGACCACCAAACCUGGGGAAAAAUUUUUUUUUUUUCAUGCACUGCGCUGCAUAUUUUUUUUGAUUGCACUGCGAUGCAUAUUUUUUUUUAUAUUCAUAAUAUAAUAUUUUGUAAAAUUGAGCGGAACCUUUUCUGCUCGAUUAGACGUGUAGCCUGUAAAGCUACGCAAAAAACUAGGUAGGAAGCUGUUAACUUAAAUGCGCAGUAAUGCGAUAAGUAAAUUUCCAACAGAAGAUCUUUAUAAUUUUAAUGAAACACAAAUAAAAGUAUAUGCAAAACCCACCAAAAUGACGUUGGACAUAAAAACAGUGGAUUCCACUGCCAAUGUCAUCAACAAGGUAGAAUCUACCAACGUUGAUCUAUAUUGGGUACAUGUACUUUUAGUAAUCAUUGUCGUUAUUAUGUGCGCCGCUGUUUUUUAUAAGAUUUACAAGCUGCAUAAUAAUUGUCUGAAAAAAAGGUAUAGGAGCCGGGGAAAUGACCUGGAUAAAAUAUAAGCAGCAAAUAAAUAAAAAUAAGGAAAAAAUAUAUAUAGCACAAACAACAGAUUACACAUAAAUGUUAACACCUAAAAAUCUAAGAAAAUGAAAUAAAAAAAAAAUAAAAUAAAAUAAUAAAUAUAAAAUAUGUCAAUAUAUUCCUCUCACAAAGUACGGCCAAACUAAAGGCAUGGAAUGGAACAAAUUAUACACAGAAUUAUCAAACAUUAAAACUAAUUUUGACAGAUCAUAUAAGUCACUAACCCAGAAUAGACCUAUCCAAACGAACACUGUUAGGAAGCAUGUUGAAAUAUUAGUAGAAUGCUUUAAUGAAGCACGAAUGCUAAUACAUAAACACAGGGAAAGGUUAAAUCAAGAUCAUUGGUCGCAGGUAUCGAAACUUUUGAUCCGACUACGAUCUAAUUUAAUAUUUGUUAAACAAAAGUACAGUUUAGAAAUAUCGAUACCAACCGUUCUAAACACCCCAAUAGCAGUUGACACUGCACCUGACUCAGAAUCAACAGAAGCGAAUGAAUCAGAGUCAGAAGAGAUUCCCAAAGUAAACCUCAAAAUAGAGGAUGAAGAUUUGAAUAAUCUUACUAUUCCAGCGGUAUACACUGAUCUGGACAAUUCAGCAGAUUCAGAUACCUCUAGUGUAAUAGAAAACAAAAUAAUUAACUUUGUAACAAUGGCACAAUCAAAUAUUGAUUUUAUUAAUACAGCAUCCAAGCUUAUACCAGUUUUUGAUGGUAAGGCUGAAAAUUUAACGAGUUUCAUUGAUGCUUUACAAAUAAUAGAAUCGAUAAAAGGCGAGCACGAAGAAUUAGCUGUCUCCAUAAUAAAAACAAAGCUAAAAGGUGUCGCCAGAAAUCUAAUCGGUAAUGAGACAACAAUUACUGAAGUGAUUUCUAAACUAAGAGGCAACGUCAAGGGCGAAACUGUAGAAGUAUUAUCAGCGAAGCUGAUGAACCUACAGCAGCGCAAUAAAACUGCUAACCAAUAUACCCAAGAAAUUGAGCAGAUGACGAAAGCAUUAGAAGGUGCAUUUAUAACGGAUGGUUUACCUUUAGAGCUAGCCAGAAGUUAUUCCACGCAGCAUGCGGUCAAAGCAAUGACUAAAAAUUGCACAAUCGAUAAGGUGAAACUUAUCAUGCAAGCUGGCACCUUUAGUACUAUGAACGAUGCUGUUUCCAAAUUUGUCAAUAGUUGCACCGAAGCAACUGGACAGUCAAAUACUGUCCUAUAUUUCAAGAAUUAUCCACAGCGCGGCUCAUAUCGCGGACGUGGAAAUUAUAGAGGUAAUUCUCGUGGUAAUUACAAUAACUACAACAACAAUUACCAAAAUAACAACAAUAACUACAACAACCAAAACAACAGGGGAGGACGAGGCCAAUAUAGAGGAAACUAUAGAGGCGGUGGAAACUCGUACCAAGGCCCCAAUGGCAAUAAUCAAAGCAAUGUCAGAAUUGCACAAAAUACUGACCAAAACACUUCGGGAAACUCCCAAAGCCCUUUAAAUACUCAAUAGUAAAAGAAGUCAGAGUUCACACCAUUAAUCUCAGUCAAAAUAUAUUCGUUUCAUUUUUCAAUGUAGCUACUGGAAAAGAGCUUAUCUUUUUAAUAGAUACAGGUGCAGACAUUUCCAUUUUAAAAGAAACUUCGGAUACCUUCCAAAACAUCCAAGAUGAUCACAUCAUAGACAUAAAAGGCAUAAGUCAAGAAAUAACCAAAUCCAAAGGUUUAGUUUCUUUGGAAAUACAGACAACUAAAUACAUAAUUCCACACGAUUUUCAUAUUCUAAAUUCACAUUUCCCAAUUCCAUGCGAUGGAAUAAUAGGCAUCGACUUUAUAAAAAAAUUCAACUGUCAAUUAGACUUCAAGCCAUCUGAAGAUUGGCUUAUAAUUAGACCCAAUAACUUAAAAUUUCCAAUUAAUGUACCAAUAACUCAUAGUUCUGGCAAUAAUUCAAUACUUCUGCCAGCAAGAUCCCAAGUUAUUCGGAAAAUUGAGCUUAACUUAAAAGAAGACAGUGUAUUUAUUCCAAAUCAGGAAAUUCAGCAUGGCAUUUAUAUUGCAAAUACCAUAGCAACAUCUAAUAAUGCCUUCAUAAGACUACUAAACACAACAAAUACCAACCAAGUAGUCAGUACUGAUAACCUAACAUAUGAACCACUUUCGAACUACGAUGUAGUCAAUACAAAUUCAGACAAUAGGAAAAAAUCCGUACUAUCACAACUUUCAAAAAACUUCCCUCCACAGUUUAAGUCACAGCUUUCUAGCUUAUGCACCCAGUAUAGCGAUAUAUUCGGAUUGGAAACCGAAUCAAUAACCACCAAUAAUUUUUAUAAACAGAAAUUGAGAUUAAAAGAUGAUGAACCCGUAUAUAUAAAAAACUAUCGAAGCCCACAUAGUCAGGUGAACGAAAUUCAAAAGCAAGUAGGUAAAUUAAUCUCUGACGGGAUUGUCGAACCGUCAGUAUCUGAAUACAAUAGCCCAUUGUUACUUGUGCCUAAGAAAUCAUCCCCCGGGUCAAAUGUUAAGAAAUGGCGAUUAGUAAUUGACUACCGCCAGAUAAAUAAAAAAUUACUAUCUGAUAAAUUC